CGCCUCGGGGACUGGAAGCCUCUAUAUAAGACUGCCCCUCCCAAUGCAGACGUCAGCAUUCGCCCGCCACAGUUUUCAGCGCAGGAGAGGCAGCCAACCAACGAUCACCAGCCAUGAUGAAGUACCUGGUCCUGGCCCUGUGCAUGUUCGCCGCCGUCUUCGCUGCUGAGGAGUCCGCCCCCAAGGAGAAGCGCGGCCUGGCCUACGCCACCGGCCUCGGCUACUCCGCCCCCCUGGCCUACUCUUCUGGACUCUACGGUGGAUACGGAUAUGGAUACCCCGGAUAUGCUGCCGGUUACUACGGCCUCGGCUACCGCGGUCUGGGAUAUGGCGCAAUCGGCUACCACGGUCUUGGCUACUAUGGUGGCUACCACUACUGAGAUUCGCACAUUCACGUGCCCCUCCAGUCCUGACAAUCCUCUCCCCUCACAUCCACUGAGCCCUGCCAGCAAGUAACUUCCAACAUACAUUUGAGUAUAUGAGAUCUGAUGUUCAUUUCCAGCUGUUGCAGUAGCUCAUAAUCGUCACUAUAGAAAAUAAAUCAUCUCCAACUUAUAAAACAA